AUGUCUGCGGAAUUGGAAACAGAGACCGAGACAACAGUCACAAUUUUAAUCCUUGGCGACUCUGGAUGCGGCAAAUCUACAUUCUUGUCGCGCCUGAAAAAUGGCAAGAGAUCGAUGCCAUCUUCAUCUGGGUUUACCCCAGACACGGAAUUUGAGAUCCUGCGUGACAGUGAUCAGCCAUUCAUCUUCGAUAUACGAUUUUCGAAGAAGACAUUCACACUAGAGGCGUAUGAUACAUCUAGUCCUAAUCAACAUUGGUCCAGUCUUCGACCAGAUGUGGUCGUACUCGCUUUUGACAUUUCAAAUCGUGAAACACUGAAUGGUCUCAAAGCAUGGCGCCACGAUAUUAUUCGCUACUUUCAGCGCGGUGUAGGUGAGCGGAUUCCUGUGAUGAUGCUUGGAUUGAAACGAGACCUUCGAAAGGAGGGGGAAGGGAUAAUAUACCCUCAAGAAACAUACCGCAUCGCCCAAGAGCUUCGCUGCGACAGAUACGCGGAGUGUUCAGCCGUGACGGGCGAACUACUCGCGGAGACAUUUGAGGAUUUGGCGAGGCUUGCUGGUAUGACGACAACUGACAAGGGUGCUCAAACUGCAGGGGGCUGCACAAUUCUCUGA